UCACCGGAUAUCCGGAAGUGUUGCAUUGUGGGGUUCAUUUCGUUGAUCGCUGACCGAAUGGUUAAAGUAAUGAAUUAAGAGCUUCGGGUGCUUAAAAAUUUCCGCUCCGUGCUUUUAGCAGAACAAGCGCGGCGUCUGUUAGUUUAUCCAGGCAGCUUGAGAAUGAGUGAUCGGAGGUGAAUCAUGAAUAUAAAGGCGCACAGGAACAGCAGCAGCAGCAGCAGCAGCACUGAUGUGUGGAUGUGGAGAGUCAGCGUAAACUGAUCAACCAAAAGACAGUGUUUUAGAGGUCUACGAUAAGAAAGCCGACUACAUCGCCUGAAUCUCCACACAAAGCCGUCGCUGCGGGUGCAUCAUCAUCAUCAUUAACAACCCACUGAACCUCCUCGCCUGGUUUCGAUUCCCUUUAAACUCUGAAGCGUCACGGCAGCUCAUCCCUCAUGGCCUCUUCAUCGGGGAACGACGAUGACCUGACGAUCCCGAGGGCGGCGAUCAAUAAGAUGAUUAAAGAAACGCUUCCCAAUGUGCGAGUAGCGAACGAUGCCAGAGAGCUGGUGGUGAACUGCUGCACAGAGUUCAUUCACCUCGUCUCAUCAGAGGCCAACGAGAUCUGCAAUAAAUCAGAGAAGAAGACUAUAUCCCCUGAACACGUUAUAAACGCACUUGAAAGUCUAGGUUUUGGGUCAUACAUCGCAGAAGUAAAAGAUGUUCUGCAGGAGUGUAAAACUGUAGCACUUAAACGGAGAAAGGCCAGCUCCCGACUAGAGAACCUUGGCAUUCCUGAGGAAGAGCUUCUUCGUCAACAGCAGGAAUUAUUUGCCAAGGCACGACAGCAGCAGGCUGAGUUAGCACAGCAGGAGUGGUUACAGAUGCAGCAGGCCGCCCAGCAGGCACAGUUAGCGGCGGCCUCAGCCAGUUCCGCUCAGCAGGCCGGAUCUUCCCAGGAUGAAGAUGAAGAGGACGACAUGUGAAUCCUGGCAGGCUUUCUCAGAAGCACACAGAUAGAUUGAGAUAUAUAUAUAUAUAUAUAUAUAUAUAUAUAUAUAUAUAUAUAUAUAUAUAUAUAUAUAUAUAUAUAUAUAUAUAUAUACAGACAUGUAUGGUCUCCCACACACAAGCUGUCCUCUGUAAACCUUAGCAGAGAAGGACCUCUGCAGUGUUGUCUCCUAUAUAAACUUUUAAAUCCCAGAUCACCAGUAUAAAUUCAUACUGACGGUUCAGGGGCAGUCAUGGGUGCUCUCCUGUGAUUUGUUGCUAUGUUUGCCUCGAUUCACUUGUUAACUAGAAUUAUUAGCUUUUGAAAAUCCCUUUCCUUUCUAGUUUGUUCCUGAUUUAAUUGAAGGCAGUUGUCAUAAGUUUCACCGUAUGUGUGUGGGAAGGAUGUUAAUUCAUGUAAUGUGGCUGUGACGUAAGACGCGCCAUGUUAUUAAUCGUCAUUGGUUAAAUUCAGGAGCCGCUGUUUGAAUCGCUGCAUCCUGUUUUAGGUGAUUUGCGUAUUUCUCUUAUAUUUGUCUUUGUAAUAUAGUUUGAAGAGACACAAUUGGGGAACAUUUUUGCAAAGUGAUUUUUACAGCCGUUCAUCCCCGCUUCCGUAUUUCUCUUUGUUCUGCUGAGUGAGAUCAGAGAACGUGAUUUGUAAUGUAGGAUGUUGCUUUUUGGUUCAUUUUAGUUCAAGUCAGGAUAAAGAUUGUGUAGAUAGGCUUUUACCUGCCCUGUGUUCACAUCAGUAUUCCAAGGAAAAGAUUUACAUGUGCAGAAUAAUAUCUGUCUUAUAGUACCAAAGAUAGAAGAAAAUAUGAUAAAUUCAGUCACCAGAUAGGCUUUGGAAAUCUGCUCAUGGUAUUUGCUCUCUGUAUGACACGAGUGCUUUGGUGCAGACUGCGCUAAACGCUCGAACUCACACUUUGUACAAUGUUUUGAUAGCAGAUUUUUUUACAGGUGCAAUGUGUAAAAGUGGAGUUGUGAAUGUGUGGUUAAUUCAUAUCUUGUGAUGACUGGUAAGGUGUAGUUGAGAAGCGUAUUCACAUGCCUUUGCAAAAGCUGUAAGCUGUAUUCUCUAAGCAAUAAAGUCAACCCGUUUUAUAGACA